AUGAGGAAAUUCAUCUUGGUCUUCUUCGAUGACAUCUUGGUGUAUAGCUCCAAUUGGGAAGACCACUUACGUCACCUACAAACCGUUUUUGAGACAUUCCGGCGCCACCGAUUAGCUGCAAAACUCAACAAGUGUGCAUUCGCAUACCCUACCAUCUCCAACUUGGGUCAUCGGAUCUCUGGUGCUGGUGUCAAAGUCGAUCCUGAUAAGAUCCUCGCUGUUCAGCAAUGGCCUCUUCCAACUACCGUGCGUGGUUUGCGCGGCUUCCUCGGUUUAACGGGAUACUAUCGUAGGUUUGUUCCCAAUUAUGCAAGCCUUGCGAGCCCGUUGACCGACUUACUUCGAAAAACUGCCUUUGUUUGGACCAUGGAGGCUACCAUGGCUUUUGAUGCACUGAAGACUGCAUUGACAACAACUCCUGUGCUGCAACUUCCCAGGUUUGACCAGCAAUUUGAACUACAAACCAGACACCUCGACCCACGAGAGUAG